AUGCUUACCAAAUCCGCUGCCAGUAAUAUCCUUCUCGGCCUUGUGGGCCCGGCGCUUUGUCAGCUCGAUGCCGUGCCCUCCGGCUUUGAUACGGAUCGGUGGGCGUCGGUUUCCAAUGAAGAGCCUCUUCUGGCCGUGAUCCCGGGGCAGUCUAACCGCUCCGUCUUCGACGCGCCUUCCGCGGCCCAAGUCUCGGACUCGGGUGUCGCCGCCAUGUUAGUUUCACUCAUCACCCCUACAUGGCGUGGGAAAAACUUUGUCGCCUAUGACGAACGCUUUUUCGACAUUAUCGGACCCAAUGCAACGGUCGAGCAGUUACAGGUUCUCCCGUUCCAGGUACACGAGGCCGCGUGCUAUAUUCCCGAGCAAUCGCUCCUGUUUUUUGUGGAAUGGGGGCCGCCGCCUGAAGGCGGCAACGGCGCGCACGACUGGCAGUACAUACUGGACGUGCGGACCAACAACUUGACCAAGAUCCGCACCAACCCGCUCACCUACAACGUCCUCGGCUGCGUGUAUCAAAUUGGCAAGCUGCACGUCGUUACGGGUGGAGGCCCGAAUGAGACGGCCUAUCUAGCCACCAUCGACCCCACCACGUGGGGGCGCAAAACUGUGCUGAACAACUUCUACGAGCGGCCAUUCAUGAGCUUCAAUGAGAUUGAAAUGGAUCGCGGGGGGAAUUACUACCUGACGGACUCGGACUCUGGUUGGGGCCGGGACUUGAAUCCUUUCGGGCGACCAACGCUGCCUGCGCUUUACUUCGUCAACGGCACCACACUCCGUAUCAAGGAACUGGCGCUACUUGAAGGCAAUACCAACGGCGUGUCCCUGUCUCCCGACGGCAAAACGCUCUUUUUGUCAGACACGAGCGCCCUCGAGGUCAAGCCGUCGCGGCGGAACCCCCUGGGCGACCGCGACCUUUGGGCGUUCGACUUUGCGGUUUCCUCGUCGGCGGCACGUCUCCCGCUACUGACAAACAAGUGGCUGCUCAGCCAUCCCAUGCAGUACAUUUACGACGGCGUGCGCGUGAGCAACUCGGGCUUGAUCUUUAGCGCGAGCGGCGAGGUGGUCGACGUCCUGGACCCCGAGUCCGGGUGGACGCUUGGCUCGAUCGGCGUUGGCGGAGGCGGCAACAAUCCUGUCAACCUGGCGUUCCACGAGAACGAGAUUUUCAUCGUGGGAAAAGGGGGUGUGUGGCACGUUAAGAAUGUCCGCGAGACAUUGAAGUAGCCAGAUACGGUCAUUGCAGCAAUCAAGUUCAGGGAGUGGGUACAUUGUCGCCCUUGAUCGCAGCUCUCCCUCGUAUUUACUUACUUUGCAACCCAUGGCU